AAUGUUGGACUCAAUUUUGCAUAUACAAAUAACUACUAUUAUUUUAGAAGAAAACUAGGAUUUUACAAAUGUUACUGAUGAAAAUUCCUAAAAAUUAGGAAUAAACAUGUAAUUUUUAGAACCUACUGACUAACUAAAAAGUCUAAACUAUGAAGUAAUGUGUAUCAAAUACACAAUGCGAUGCUCAUAGAGGAUGUGGAUUAGAAGUGCUUUAUGUUUUUAAAUUGUAGAAAGAUUGAAAUGAUAAUCGAUUCAAAAAAGAAUUAGGUAAUA